AUCAUUCCCUUGAAAUGCUAUUGAAGUUAGAAACGUGUUUAACAAUGUCGUAUGUAACUUUAGAGACGGUCCCUUAAUUUCCGCCUAUCUGCGAAUAUCGAAUAUCGAACAUCCAACAAACUUUAUUCCAGUUCUUUUUGUGCCACAGAAGAAGAGCAACGAUGCAGCGAGACAAGACUGGGAGCUCGGCGGUGUCUGGCGAUAAGCCGGACCGGGAGACCGCCAUCAUGUCCAAAUAUUACGACGGCGUCGAGUUUCCUUUUUGCGACGAGUUUUCUAAGUACGAAAAGCUCGCCAAGAUCGGCCAAGGCACCUUCGGGGAGGUGUUCAAGGCCAAACACAGACAGACUGGCAAGAAAGUAGCGCUGAAGAAGGUGCUCAUGGAAAAUGAGAAAGAAGGGUUUCCCAUCACAGCACUGAGGGAGAUCAAGAUCCUGCAGCUGCUAAAGCACGAGAACGUCGUAAAUCUGAUCGAGAUCUGUCGAACAAAAGCCACCCAGUUUAACCGUUACAAGGGCAGCAUAUACCUGGUGUUUGAUUUCUGUGAGCACGAACUGGCUGGCCUACUAAGCAACGCCAAUGUUAAGUUCACGCUGUCGGAGAUUAAAAAGGUCAUGCAGAUGCUGCUGAAUGGACUCUACUGGAUCCACAGAAACAAGAUCCUGCACAGAGACAUGAAAGCAGCAAACGUGCUCAUCACAAGGGAUGGAGUGCUGAAACUGGCUGAUUUUGGCCUGGCAAGAGCCUUCAGCCUGGCAAAGAACAGCCAGGGCAGUUGCUACACCAACCGAGUAGUGACCCUGUGGUACCGACCUCCAGAGCUCCUGCUGGGAGAGCGUGAUUACGGGCCACCCAUCGAUCUGUGGGGUGCAGGGUGUAUCAUGGCGGAAAUGUGGACGAGGAGCCCCAUCAUGCAGGGAAACACAGAACAGCACCAACUCACUCUGAUCAGCCAGCUGUGUGGAUCCAUUACUGCGGAAGUGUGGCCCGGUGUGGAUAAAAAAUAUGAGUUGUACCAGAAGAUGGAGUUACCCAAAGGACAGAAGCGAAAGGUAAAAGAGCGUCUGAAGGCGUAUGUUAAAGAUCCAUACGCUCUGGAUCUGAUCGAUAAGCUGCUGGUGCUGGACCCAGCGCAGCGUGUGGACAGUGACGACGCUCUCAACCACGACUUCUUCUGGUCUGAUCCCAUGCCCUCUGACCUCAAACACAUGCUCUCCACACACAACACGUCCAUGUUUGAAUACCUGGCCCCCCCGCGGCGCCGUGGUCACAUGCCCCAACAGCCAGCCAAUCAGAACCGCAACCCAGCUACAGCCAGCCAGUCUGAGUUCGAUCGUGUUUUCUGAUUUCGCCGAUGUCACAGACUUUAUUUCUCACUCAUAAUUUAGUAAGGGGAACAAGAUUUAUGGGCUCAAACUGAGAUGAGCAAAGUGCAUUUAAUUCAACUAUCAUGUUCAUUUUGCAUCAUUUUGGACUUGUGGAAUGAAACACUGCUCAGAGGUCAAGGUUCACCGUGUGUGUUGGCUGAAGUGGGAGCAGUUCACUGGGAAAUGAUUUGCAUGUUAAGUCAGAAAAGAUAAAAACAUAAAAAAAGAUUACACGGUCUACGUUUGAGACGGUAUGUCUUGCACGCUUCUGUUUAAGUUCCAGUUUUCCUGUAUUCUGACUUGGGCAGAACUUUGUAUUAUUUUAGCUGAAUGUUAUGUUUAGAAUUUCUGUAGUUAUUUAUCGUAUGGUUUGCACCCUCUGUAUGUUCAUGUUUAUUACUUUUGUAAAAAUCGACAGUGUUUUUGGUUUUUGAGGUACUCGACUGGAAACACCAAUAAACCUCUAACCUUUUA